ACGGGCGCGUUCUUCCUGCUUUUGUCCGUGAACGGUUCGUCGCCGAGGGGAAAUGGCAGACACAACACCCAAGAUCCAAAUCCUCAAGACUGCGGUUGCGUCCGACUUGUCGGCGGCGACGUACCAGAUCCAUGACGAGUCACACACGCUUGGGAAUGCGCUUCGGUGGAUGCUCAUGAAGAAUCCCAAGGUCGAAUUUUGCGGAUACAGCGUCCCUCACCCUUCAGAAAAUCACAUCCACAUGCGUAUCCAGAUGUACGACAACCUCUCCUCUCUCGAAGCCCUUCUCCAGGCACUGUCCGACCUUGACGACGUCUGCAUUACCAUCGACGAGGCGUACCAAAAGAGCCUCCGGGAAGAUCGGUAUGAGCAGUGGGACGAAAAGAGCUGAGCGUUGCGCUCGUGUCGUAUCUAUUCUGGCAUCUCUCGCACGGCGUGGGUAUUGCAGUCCCAGUGUGCUACACUGACUCCGUCGAAACCGGGCAUAUCAAGUCCAGUGGCAUCGACGACAUCGCCUAGACUGAUCUGUCAAGCCCAACUAAUAGCUG